UGGUCGCACACGCAGACGGAAAGCCACGUGAUCCGGGCCCUUCCCGCCACCCGUUUCCCGUGCAUCCGUCCAAUCAGCGUCUUCUUUGUCGCCGACCUCCGACCCCCGACCCGAGAAAGCUGGUUUCCUGUUUUGCUUCUGAUCGGGUUGCGGCUGCAUGGUGGCGUCAAGUGUUUUGUGGGAUCUGUGCUGCUGAAUUUCACAAUGGCUCGAAAUGCAGAGAAGGCAAUGACAGCCUUGGCAAGAUUUCGCCAGGCCCAGCUGGAAGAUGGAAAGGUUAAGGAAAGGAGACCAUUCCUUGCAUCAGAAUGCAGUGAUUUACAUAAGGCAGAGAAAUGGAGGAGACAGAUUAUAAGUGAAAUUUCAAAAAAAGUGGCACAGAUACAAAAUGCUGGAUUGGGAGAAUUUCGGAUACGAGAUCUGAAUGAUGAAAUCAAUAAGUUGCUACGAGAGAAAGGCCACUGGGAAGUCAGAAUAAAAGAAUUAGGAGGUCCUGAUUAUGGAAAAAUUGGACCAAAAAUGUUGGAUCAUGAGGGGAAAGAAGUUCCAGGCAACAGAGGAUACAAAUAUUUUGGAGCAGCUAAAGAUUUGCCAGGAGUCAGAGAACUAUUUGAAAAAGAGCCUCCUGCCCCACCACGGAAAACCCGUGCAGAGCUCAUGAAAGACAUUGAUGCAGACUAUUAUGGCUACAGAGAUGAAGAUGAUGGUGUCCUUUUACCUUUGGAACAAGAGCUUGAGAAAAGAGUCAUAACAGAAGCCGUUCAAAAAUGGAAGAUAGAUAAAGAGUCACGAUUUGCAAGUGAAGAGUUUAAGGAGGAGGAAGAGGAAGAAGUAAAUAUCUAUGCAGUGAAAGAUGAUGAGUCCGAUGAAGACACUGGGGAACAGAUGGAAGGAGAGGAAGACCAGCAAAAAUUCAUAGCUCAUGUUCCUGUGCCAUCACAAAAAGAGAUUGAGGAGGCACUUGUACGACGGAAGAAAAUGGAGCUGUUACAGAAAUAUGCAAGUGAGGCUUUAAUGGCUCAAAGUGAAGAUGCUAAAAGACUUCUGGGAUUGUAACAAAUUGUUUAUUCACAAGGACUUGUUUUAUAAAAAGCCACGAUGAAAAUUUUACAGAAGAAAGACUGCAGACUACUUUUCACUCUUGUUACAAUGCUAAACUUUUGCAUAGUGAUCAAAGUAAUUUUAUUUUUUAAUGUCGCUUUGUUGGUUCCAAAAAAUUCUAAACAACACUUCCUGUAUAUAUCAGCCUUCAUUUCUCAAUGUGAAUUGGAAAAUUUUCAUUUCUAAUUUUUAUAGAUUGUUUUAUUAAAAAUGUAUCUUUUUACAAUGUCAUAGGUCUGAAUUUUGUUUUCUAUAUGCUCUGAUGGUAGUGUUCAUUCAGUUUUGUUUUAUGUAGAAUCUAUACAUCUUUUAUUUAAGGUGUUGAGCAGAAUGUUUUUUUUCCAUUGAGGUGGUUACCUCAAAGUUAAUACAGUAUUGUUUUUAAAUGUUCAAGGAGAAAUUUGGAGUUAAAACAUGUUUAGCUCCACAAUCUGGAUAAAAAUCAUUUUGACUGUUUGUAAUGAAUUGAAAUUUCUUUCACUGAAAUAUUUUUGAAUUUCUGUUCAUGUUCUCAAAUUUAAUCUUAUUCAUAAGGUAUAUAUGAUAAACAAUAGAGACGUGGCUAAAUGUAGAAUAACAUAAGAAAUAGUCUGUCAAUUUUGAAGUCUUUUUAAAGCAAUUAAUCAAUGAUAGGCUGAAUAGUUUUAAUGACUUUAAAUUAUUUCUUGGGUAUCUGUUCAUAUCAGAUUAACAUAAGUAGUUGUAAAUAAAGGUCAUCAGUAUUGCUGUGUUUAUGCCACAGAAACACAUUUAUUAACAUAGGAACAUUUUUAGUACAUUGUUUUAUUAA